AUUCACCAAACACGAAUAUCACAUUGUAUGAUUGUGGAAAGAGUUUGGUGAAAUGAUUAAAAUGUUUGUUGAAUUUUGGGCCUAUAAAAUACCUAACAUUGGGUUACACCCCCUUAUCAUCUGCUUCAUUUCUCUUCACGCUUGAAAACUCAGUUCUUCCUAUCUCUCUGUUCUUUAAAUCCAUUGCCGUGAAAGGAGGAGUAGAUAUGUAUAGCUCGCUUGAAACGACGGCUCCGGCUACGUUGGAACCGCAAGAAACAUCGGAGAAAGAUUUGCCAAUAACUGGAGGAGACAAACUGUUACUGAAAGGUUUAAAGUUUUACGGUUUCCAUGGAGUCAUUGCAGAAGAAAGGACAUUGGGGCAGAUGUUUCUUGUUGACAUUGAUGCGUGUGUGAGUCUUAAAAAGGCUGGUGUGUCUGACAACUUAGCAGAUACAAUCAGUUACGUUGACAUUUUCAGCAUAGCUAAAGAAAUUGUUGAAGGGCCACCACUAAACCUUUUGGAAGCAGUAGCGGAACGCAUCGCGUCCAAAACGCUUGAAAAGUUUCCUCGGGUAACUGCUGUUCAAGUGAAGCUAGUGAAGCCAAAUGUUGCACUUAUCAAGAGUGGUAUUGACUACUUAGGUGUCGAGAUUUUCCGACAGCAAAAACACUAAUUCAAGGAAACUGAUGAUAUCCUUCUAAACUUUGUGUUCAAUAAUCCUUUGUCCAGACAAAGAGAAUUGUAUCCAUGGAAUGUAAUUAUUUUUUCUUUCAUUAUUUUGCUCUUUGAUAUCAA